AUGCUCGUCGCGGCACCGGCCCCAGCCCCAGCCCCGGAGACCAAGCGCAUCCAGACCUUCGCGCCAACCAAGGAGGAGAAGCCACCCUCCUCCUCCAAGGACAAGAAGAAAGAAGAGCAGGUCUUGCAGCAGCAAACAGAAGAAGACAUGAUAAGCAAGUUAGUUGAUGACAUUCUACUCUUGAUCUUGGAAAAUGUCAACUUAACAACAUCAGUGAGGGCAGGCGCCUUGUCCACACGAUGGAGACACCUUCCUUGGUUGCUCAGCCAACUCAGCAUAGAUAUCAAGGACUUCCUUCACGAGCCAUAUGACCAUGACCAUCCUGCAGUGGAUGACAUUGAUAAAGCAAUGUCAUCUCUAACAGAAGCAGUUAGGAGCAUGUUGGCACCGACUCGCAGAAAGUCUAUUAUAACAAGGCUUUGCAUUUCGUUCUUCGUAACCAGUGGGUACUCAAACGAGGUUGGCCAUCUUGUUAAUGAAGCUAUUGAAAAUGGAAUGGUAAAAGAUAUAGAACUCACAUGUGGCGUUCAGAUGAUGCCCACCACUCUUAGCGAGGAGGACAUGGCAAACCAUGGGGAUGGUGUGAUUAGUUUCUUUCGAAACUAUCCUAAUGUAUAUUGUUGCCUCACAAGCCUCUCCCUCUACAAUGCAAGAUUUGCUGAAUCGGAUCUACAUAAUCUCCUUGCAAACAAGUGCACGCAAUUGCGUUAUCUUUAUCUAAACUAUUGUGAUACUGGCUUUUACACAACAUUCAAGAUUGAUGUGCCAGACUCAAAACUCAGUGUGCUAGAGUUUUCUAUUGAAGUAGAAUUCUUUGGAGCAUUAACGGUUCAUAGUGAACCAUUUAAGCUAAGUGAGUUUCUAUGUGGCACAUCAUGCAUAGAUUCUCUAACAUUGGAUUUUUUUGGACGAAAGAUUUGGUUGCAACCGGAAAAAGAUCAACUUCGCUCAGGAUUUAGCAAUUUGAGGCAAUUGUAUCUACAUGAUAUUUUUGUUGGAUUUGGCCUUAUGUGGACAACGACGCUUCUUGAAGCUGCGCCAUCUCUUGAGAUACUCAGAGUUGAGGUAUAUGACCACCAGCGAUGCGAAGACGAAGAGAAAAAGAAGCAGAUUUAUGGGGAAAGAACUAAUGCACCUUGGGAGGCAGUUGUUCUUAAGGAACAUGACUGCAAGUCCUGUGAUGCGGUCAUUAUACCGAAUUUUGUUGAAUGUGGAUUUCCAAAGAACAAGGGGAACAGGAUAAGAUAA